UUGAUUGAAAAUUCAUAAUAAGAAGCGUGCGCGCUUAUCACAUUUUUGUUUGUUUGUUUGGAUUCUCGAAACGGGUGAACAAGUCGAUUGUGAGACAGUAGCUGUGUGCAAAAGUGAUUUUAGACGUCGCAAGAAGAAUCCCGAAAAAUGAAAAAAUUAUUAUCGAUUAUUACGUCAAAUGUGUGCUAAAAAGAAUUAAUUACAUCAAAAGAAACAAUACGAAAAUAGAAGGAAAAAAAUUAUGCUGACGUCUUUGCUCAAGAUAACAUAGAAAUUAAGUUCGAAUCUAUUGAGCACAGUUACAAUUUGGUCGUCAGCGUAAGAAGUAAUUUUUAUUGUGAUCGUGAAGAAAGUGUGAGAAAACAUGGAAAAGUGUGUCCUUCAAUCGUUUGUGUUGAUUUGCGCAGUUUAUGUGGUCGUUGCAAAUAUGAGGACGAUCCCCCCAAAUCCAAAUUAUCCGGAACAAUGUUUUGACGGGAAAAAGGCAUACAAGGUUGGCAAAUAUUUUCCAACAUUUCGAUCAUGCAAACAAAUGUUGUGCCGAGAAGAUUAUACUUUAGUUUAUGAAGAUUGUGGCGUAGUAGUAGUACCGACAGGUUAUAAAAAUCUUCCAGAUUUGACCAAACGAUAUCCAGACUGUUGUGUUAAAUUGGUUAAAAUUGAUGGCGAUGAGAAGAGUUCAAACAGUACCAGCGACGACAAAAGUAAAAGCUGAACGAUUUAUCAUUAUUUUAUUUUAGAUUAAGUUGUGUGAACAAUUUCAUUUGAAUUAUUAAGUCAUUUAAGCGUUAAGAAAAUGAACAUUCGCCUUGAGCGCAACCAAUCGUCUGAUUGAAUUCAUGUAUGAUGCAAAUACACAAGUAUAUACAAAUGAACAAAUCCUCGUAAAUUGAAACGUAUGAAUGAAACUGAAACUGAUGUGUUGGUCGUUAAACGCAUGCGACCAGACGUUGCGUUCACAUAGCGACAGCAUUAUCUCUACAAACAUAUACGGAUACGGUGCAAUGUGUGCGUGUACGGCAUCAAUCGAAUGCAUUACAUUUUAGAAAAAUGGACAUACAACGACAUUGAUCAUUACAAUCUAAUCGAGUUUUAUGCUGUGCUUUGUUUAUUAACGAUCAAAAUAAAAAAAAACCAUUCCACAUUUCAUUUCGUUGAAUUAAAAAUUGGUUCUAAUUGUUUCAUUUCUUGUUUGAUUUCAAAUUGCAUUUGUAUGCGAAAUAAUGUGGGUUAACAGUGUUUUAUUGAUAAAGUUGUUUUUCAUUUGCGCUUCAUUUGUUAGAAAUGCUAUGUGCAAUGUAAACGACUAUGAAAUCACUUGCAAAGACGAGAAAGGAGAGAACGUUGACUGGUUUUAUGUGUACAAAUUGCCAGGACAUUAUAGCGCAUCUGCUGCUGAACGGGGAUGUUUGUACUUCUUUAUUACACCAAGUUCGGUUGGUUCACAAUGGUUGCUGUCCGAACAUACGCUAAACGAUACGGAGAGUAUAGCCGGGCGCACACUUACGCAAGCUUAUUUCAAUGAGAACCAAUUGGAGGACAGAGUUUUGGUUGCUUACAACGAUGAACCGCCAAACGCAAAAGGAAAUUCGAAAAAAGGCCAUCUAAAAGGUGUUGUCGUUGCUGACAAACGUAGCGGUUUUUGGCUCGUUCACUCCGUUCCACUUUAUCCAAAUAUCACUUCGAAUGCGAACGAUUAUCACUAUCCGACUACUGGAAUGAUUUAUGGACAAAGUUUUCUUUGUUUAUCUUUGAGCGCUGACCAAAUUGAUAUUGUUGGCAAACAGCUCAUUUUCAACGAACCACAAAUCUAUGAAUCGAAAUUACCACAAAGUCUACUCAACGCAUAUCCAAAUAUACAACGAUUAAUUGACGGGAAGCGCAUAAGUAAUGGUCCAUAUUGGAAUGACGCUGAUUUAACAACACUCGGCGGAUCUCGUUUCAAAUCAUUUGCCAAAUCAUCGAAAUUUUACAAAGAGUUGUAUGAAGAUUGGAUUGCACCGACUUUGAAUACCAAUUUGUUUGUGGAAACUUGGCGCAAAGGGUCUGGUAAUUUUCCAUCAAACUGUACAAAAAGUACACGCGUAUGGAAUGUUUCAAAGAUAAAAUUUAAUCAACGUGUAUUAUUCCCAUCGACUGACGACCAUUCCAAGUUUGCAGUUAGCGAUGAUAAAUCUAAUUGGAUUUGUGUUGGUGAUAUAAAUCGAGCGGAAAUGCAAACGAAACGUGGCGGAGGAAGCGUUUGUUAUAACUCCAAGCCAAUUUCAGAAAGUUAUCGUACACUUGUGGCCGAUUUUGAACCAUGUCAAGCUUAGCGUCUUGUUUACUCUUUUGUUUGAUUUUUCUCCAUUGAAAUUUAGCGAAAUAAAAUGCUGGAAUGUUCAAACUAAAACAUUUUUUUGAAACAUUUAAAAUACAAUUUCAUUGUAAUUUCCAAUUAAUAAAGGUGCAUUUAUGCAAUACUCAUAUA